AUGGCUCCAGUUAUUUUGCACUUGAGAGCCGAGACCAAAGAUCAGGAAGCCCGUGCGGCUCUAACUCCAACUUCUGUAGAGAAGCUUUUGGCUAAGGGCUUCGAAAUUUACGUUGAAGAGAGCGACCAGUCCACCUUCAGUAUCGAAGAGUACAAGAAAGCUGGCGCGAAGAUUGUUCCAAAAGGAUCGUGGAUUAAUGCCCCUAAAAACCGUAUCAUUAUUGGGUUGAAGGAGAUGCCAGAACAAGAUACAUUCCCAUUGGUACACGAGCAUAUACAAUUUGCCCACUGCUACAAGAACCAAAGUGGAUGGAAGGACGUUUUGGGUCGCUUCAAAAGGGGCAAAGGUACUUUGUACGACUUAGAAUUUUUGGAAAAUGACCAAGGUAGGAGAGUAGCUGCUUUCGGUUUUUACGCUGGUUUUGCUGGCGCUGCGUUGGGCCUCAAGGACUGGGCCUUUAAACAGACUCAUGCAGACUUCGAAAAUUUGCCAGCUAUCACUCCUUUCCCCAAUGAGCAAGAACUCAUCAAAGACGUUACCACAGACCUAAAGAAGGCACUAAAAACUGGUGCCAAGAAGCCCACUGUGCUUAUCAUCGGCGCUCUUGGCAGAUGCGGUUCUGGUGCUGUGGAUAUGCUUGAAAAGGCUGGAAUUCCCUCUGAAAACAUCCUCAAGUGGGAUAUGAAGGAAACUGCCCGUGGUGGUCCUUUCGAGGAGAUUGCUCAGGCAGACAUUUUCAUCAACUGCAUCUACUUGUCCAAGCCUAUCGCUCCAUUCAUCAACUACACACUUUUGAACUCAGACAAGAGAAGAUUGAGGACUAUUGUUGAUGUGUCCGCUGAUACUACCAACGUUCACAAUCCUAUUCCAGUGUACAACAUUGCCACUGUCUUUAGCGAUCCUACCGUGCUGGUGCCAACUACAAGUGGUCCCAAACUCUCCGUUGUCUCCAUAGAUCACUUACCAUCUCUGCUACCAAGAGAAUCGUCAGAAUUCUUUGCCCGCGACCUACUGCCAUGGCUGGAACAGUUGCCUAACCGAGCCACGGCCCCUGUAUGGGCGAAGGCCAAUGCUCUAUAUAUCAAGCAUUGUGCGCGUCUCGAUAGAGAUUCCAAGUUUUGA